AUGACCAUCAACUUCGCCCGCGAGACUGUCAUCCACUUUACAAAGCCCUACAUGAAUCUGGGCAUUGGUAUCCUAUUCAAACUGCCCUCAACAAUGCCCACACGUCUAUUCUCCUUCAUGAGUCCAUUAGACGUCGACAUAUGGCUGUACGUAAUGGCCGCGUAUAUCGUGGUCAGCAUCACCAUGUUCAUCGUCGCCCGAUUCAGUCCAUAUGAAUGGCGAAACCCUCAUCCCUGUGAGUAG